AUCGCGCCGAGGCGGCAGCAGCCAAUGGGCAGCGCCGGCCCUGAGGGGCACGUCGGGUUCCGCGGUCUGCGGUAAGGUGUGCGGUGAGCGAGCCGGGAGCGCUACUGCAAGCACCGCGCUAUGGCCACCGCCACCUGGUGCUACCGCGGGGAUCCCGAGGAGGAGCAGCCGGCGCUGCUGGUGACGUUCUCCAAUGGGCAGCUGCAGCGGCCCGACGCCGUACGUUUCUCCCUCUAUCGGAGCAGCGAGGUGGCCAAUCCCCGGAAGAGGAGGCGGAGGAUCCUGGUUUCAGAAACUGAAAGGCUUUCAUAUGUGGGGAAUAACUUUGGCAGUGGAGCUAUGAAAUGUAACUCCCUAUGCAGGUAUUUUCUUGGUGUUCUAAACAAGGAUACUGGGCAAAUGGAAGUCUAUAAUGCUGAGAUAUUCAACAUGCAACCCUUACUGUCAGAUAAUGUAAUUCCUGAUGACACAAGGGAUUAUCAGAAUAAAUCCUACAGGGAGAAGGUGGAUUUGUGCAUCGAGGCAUUUGGUACCAGCAAGCAGAAGCGAGCUCUGAACUCUCGGCGAAUGAAUGCAGUGGGCAAUGAUAUUGUCAGUACAGCUGUGACAAAAGCAGCAGCAGAUGUUAUAGAUGCAAAGGGGGUAACAGCUUUGAUCCAGGAUGUGGCCCAAGACGAUGAACAGAACAUGUCCAUUUUCCUACCACCGUGUCAUGAAGAUGCUGACAAACCAGAAAAUGUUUACAAGUUUGAGGACAUUCUAUCCCCAGCAGAGUAUGAAGCAUUGCAGGGCCCAGCAGCAGCCUUUAUGAACAUCACUCCAGAAGAAAUCACCAAGAAAACAGAAGAGAAAAGCCACUGCUCCUUUGUCUUAGAGGAGCUGAAGUUCCUGCCUGCUGAUGAGAAGAGCAGGGAUCGCAAAGCUCGAUGCCUCUGGUUCCUGGACCUCCUCAUUAAGUUCAGCUUCCUGAAAAUAAUCAAGAAGAAGCAUCCGAUGGGUCCUGAAUGCCCACACAUCAUCAGCAGGAAACUUAUGAAGAACUUCACUUCACUGACCUACAACAAUGGCAGUGUUCAGAAUUUAAUCUCUGCGUCACUGAAGACUAAAAUUGCAGCGUAUGUCAUUGCAUUGGCUCUGCACAUUAAAAACUUCCAAACAGACCUCACUGUCCUGCAGAACGACUUGAAGCUCCACGAAAGCAGGAUGAUGGACAUUGCAAGGGCCAUGCGGUUGAAGGUCUCCAAGGCGAAGGGGAUGCCAGGACUUGAGAACGAUCAAAAUCACAAGCUUGGCACCCUCUCUCUCCCCUUGCCUGUGCAGAAAGCAUCAGGAAGCCAGAGGAAGCGCAAAAAGAUGAACUGAAAAUCUGGGAGGUGUGAGCAGGGGUGAAACAGUUCGGUUCUCAACAGUUAUUCCGCACAUAUCAUGGGGAUGCCUUUGUCUGUUGGACUUGGCUUUCCAGCAUCACAGCACGGCCCUAUUGAAGUCUCUGUGUUGAUGGGAACAGCUGUUCACUUCAUUAAACUGUGUACCUUUCCUAUGUA